AAUGAAAAAUUCUUGUCAGGUUCAAAGAUUAUUGGAUUUAGGUGGAAAGACAUUUCCAUAUGCCAAGAAACGCAAAAUCAAAUCAGCUGGGUGGGAAAAGGCUUUCUCUAAUGGACAGGCACCUCUUGACCCCCAAAACAUUCACAGAGAUGUUUAAGGGAAGGCAGGGUACUGAAUCAGUGUUUGUGUGUUAUCUAUUACUUUAUUACUUGUACCCUUUAAUGGAAUUUGGCCCACUGGGGCAACAAUGCUGUAAAUAAACUUUGAAAUACCCACUGGAAUUACUAAUUUUCACUAACAAUUUAAGACUACAUUAUUGCAACUCUCUUGGAACAGUCAAGUGAACUUCACGUUCAUCAUAAACUUCAUUUACUAGGCUUAAAAUGAUCUCUGGCUAUUCAGAAAGGUUCUGCGUGUUAAUUCAGAUGAGGAAAGUAUGGAACAGGAAAUAAAACAUACUACCUUUAUAAACGGACCUUAACAAGCGCAAAGGUGUUUCCUUUGAUUAAAAAACGUGUAAACAGAGUCAAACACUGCCAUGGCCUCUUAACAGUGAUGACUAACGUCUACCAGAUUUGUCAACAGAAUAAGCAGAAAUUAAGUGUUUAAGGGACAGGUAGGCUUUUUUAAAAACCCAGUGUACAGGAGCCAACUCAGCACACAAGCAGCCGCAUCAGUAAUAUUAAGCACCCGUGAUACGCGGCCCCCGUGUGUGUCGGUGACACAAGAAGAGCAGAGGGUGAGAAAGGGCUGGAAUCCCAGGGCACCACAGGCGGAGAGGCGGGGCCCGGGGCAGAAUGAUGCUCCUGGCGCUCCUAGAAUGGAGAUUCCCAAAAUCAGGAGGAGAUGGGUGGGCACGCUGGGAAAUAAGACAGCUCUGUAGGUGCGGGAUGGGUUUUCUGAACACGGGUCUGGGUAUCGAGCUUCCAUCUAUGAGAUCUGUAUCUGGGGAAACGUGCUGAUUAUCCGAGUACCGGACGCCUACGUUACUUUAGGCCCUUCUUUUACAUGCUAGUGUCCAUGCCAAUCAAUAAUGACGUGGACAAAGUUCAGGCAGCCGUCAGGUGAAAGAGCAGGGCCCAUGGCGAUCCCUGCCAGAGUAGCAAGAGUAUGUACGUGUCAGGGCUUCCCUGGUGGCACAGUGGCUGAGGGUCUGCCUGCCGAUGCAGGGGAUGUGGGUUCGUGCCCCAAUCCAGGAAGAUCCCACAUGCCGCGGAGUGGCUGGGUCCGUGGGCCAUGGCCGCUGGGCCUGCGCGUCCAGAGCCUGUACUCUGUUGUGCUCCGAGGCCGCAGAGGUGGGAGGCCCGCGUACCGCAAAAAAAAAAAAAAAAAAAAAAAAAGAAGAGAGUAUGUACGUGUUGGAUCAUUCUCCAGGACAACUGCCACACCCCCUAGCCAGCUCCCAGCCUGUAAGCCACAGCCAUCCACGCCAUCAACAGUGCCUUUGUACGGCAUCCCCUGCCUACGAGGCUGUGCAACGGCUAGGAGGUAAGGCCUACGUUCCUGCGUCUGGCACAAGGCUCACCACGCCCCGUCCCCUUCCUGAGACCUCUGCUCCCACCUUUCACUGGGCAAGGAGCCUCUUCUCCAGCCCCUGCUCUCUCAGACUUACACACAGUGCCCUGCUGGCCUGGGGUCCUCGCAGCCCUUCAUGCUGCCCCACGCAGCCUACAGACUCCUACAGCCCUGCCCUGAGGCUGGGGACGGACCCAGUCUCGGGGGCGGGGCGCACCCUGGACCUCAGCCUGCUUCCUCUGCCCGGCUCCCAGGGAACUGGGUCAGCCCAGCAGAUCCGUGAGGAGGCAGGACAGAAAACGUCUGCCCCCUGCAGCCCGCCUCCACGGCACCCCUGCGUGGCCUUGUAUCCUUGCCCUGCACUGGUCUCGGUACCCGACGUCUGGUGGGCCUGCUACGAAAGCGUGUGGGACUCAGGGACCAAAGCAGGGCCCUGAACACCUCUCUCUCCUUGACGGCCCCGGUGGAUCCAUCCUGUAACACUUUUCUGAAAUCCCCUUUGAACGUAAAGCUUUAUCCCCAGAUAAACGCUCAAGAGCCAGGCAGACGGACCUGGCUACAGGCUGGCAGCAUUAAGCCACAUUAACUCCUUGGGUGGCUGGUCCAAAUCACCCAGGAGCCAACUCGAAAUGCUUUUAUGAGGCUGCUCUCAGACUGGUUGAACAAGAUGAGUGCCGAGAUAUGGCUCGAAUUUCCAGAAAGGAAGGUGUUUGUCGGGCUGCACCUGGCAGACCCAGAGAUGAUUUACAUUGUUUGUGUUAUGACCACACAGACGAGCACGCACACACACACAUAACUCAGCACAUGGGAGAGGGCAUCAGAUGCGCGACAGGUAGAGUCAAGGGUUAUUUUUAUGGGCACGAACGCCUUUUCUCUUGGAAAGUGUUUAGGGACCAGCUUACACCCAGAUUCCUCUGACAAGGGGACGUAGGACCAUUCUGGGGAUAAACUCCUGGUGAGCUGUAUCCUCUAGUCAAAGCCUUCUUAACACAUACAAUGGUCAUGGAACAUGGCUUGCAAUCUCGCCAACAUGAGCACCAAAAUUCAACCGCCGCCACUGACGUUUCUGGAAGUGACAGAACUGCCCGUGAGCACACCUGAGUCUGGCGAAUCACUGCCUCUUCUUCUCGAGCUGCGAGAGGUGGCGGGGGGCAACACCUGUCAGGCACUGCCUCUGAGGUUCAGUCGCUUGACCUCAGAAAGCCUCGCUUCCCUACCUGCAAAAUGGGCAAGGCCGAGACAGCCAGAGCAGGGUGCCGUCGGCCUGCUGCCAGGGAAACAGGCGAGGCGGGCAAGGUGCGCACGGCGGCGCGGGGCACGCGGUGAAGGCUCGUUGUAAAUAUUCACCGUUACCACAGAGGAUGGAGACGGAGGGCCUGAAGAAAGGCAGAGGCAGCUGAAGGACACAAACGUGGCUCUGAAUAUUGAGGAAUCAGUACUGGCAUGUUGGGAGGGGAGGGGGGGCGGGAGGACCGGAAGAUGGGAAGGUCACUGCCAGUCUCUAAUGCGGGCAGCUCACGGGGCUCGCAAGAUGGCAGAUGUGGCGGAGAGCUCUGGGCUCAGAUUGAAACCCGGGGCUUGGGCGCGACCUCUGGGUGGAAAAGCCCACGGGAAGUGUGGACGGAGGCCCGAGAGCAAGAGCGGUCACUGAGGCCAUGUGUCCACAAGAGAUCUCCUAGAGGCGGGGUCCACAGCCCAGUCCAGGGCCCCACACAGAGGUGCAGAGGAGGACAGACAGACAAGGAGAAGUGAAGCCAUGGAGACAGAUCCCCCAGGAUGGAGCGGGGCAGUGGCCCAUGAAGCAGAAAGUUCUGGAAACAUAAGAAAAGAUGGCGAGUGGUCUGGCAACACGAAAGUCACUGCUCCCUUCGUGCAAAUGACGUCCAUGGGCUGCAGGCGGAAGGCAGUUUGUGCAGGACACGGCAAUGAGGGAGCAGAGGUUUUGUUUAUUUUUUUAAAUUUAUGGCUGCAUUGCGUCUUCGUUGCUGCUCCGGGCUUUCUCCAGUUGCGGUGAGCGGGGUCUACUCUUCACUGCAGUGCGUGGGCCUCUCACUGCGGUGGCUUCUCUCGUUGCAGAGCACGGGCUCUAGGCGUGUGGCUCAGUAGUUGUGGCGCACGGGCUUAGUUGCUCCGCGGCAUGUGGGAUCUUCCCGGACCAGGGCUUGAACACGCGUCCCCUGCACUGGCAGGUGGAUUCUUAACCACUGCGCCACCAGGGAAGUCCGAGAGGUUUUGUUUAAAUGACAGAUCUAGCACACUUUAUGCUGAGGUACAGAAGCAUUAGAAAAAGAAGAGGAAGGAGGAGAAGGAGCUGCUUACAUCCAGAAGAAAAGGCAAGCCUUCCUCCCUGGAGGAAGGAAGGGCCAGGGCCGAGCCCGGGCGGAGGCACCAUCGAUGUGAAGGACAAAAGGAUGCCAGAAGAGUCCUGCAAACUCACCCCAAACUAGGGCACCGAUGAAGAGGCCAGUGUUAAAGUACACCCUCAAAUUCAGAACCCUGACUCUACUCCCAGCCCAACGAGCAGAAACAAUACUGUAAAUGUCAAGACAGAUACACUGCCCUUAUUAUUCAGUAUUACAGGUGCGAUUACAUAAAGAUAUUAAGUUCACUAAGUGAGGAUGUUCCUUUACUUGAUCUAACAAUAAAUAUUAAUGGUAUUAAGAAGGGCUGCAUCAUAUAUCUGGAUGAUUAAAUCUCUUUUGCAAAGUCACGUUAAACAGUGCCGUAAGGGCCUGGGGUCAGCUAGCACGUGAUCUUGGAUCUGUUUUUAUAUCUUAAUGAGACGCUGAGGUCCCAGAAGAUGUCCCGCACCAUCUGUGAUGUGCUAAAGGUGGGAGCGGGCAGGACCCUGGCGAGAACACCGGGGGAUGGGGAAUUUCACCAAGUCAGCAGGUAGAGCAAGUACCCCGGGGCGAGGUGAACCAGGCUUCAUCCAAGCAGCACCUAACGUUUUCAGUCAACCAAGGGGGUUGUGGGCAGUCUCCUCAUCGCCCGUCUUGAGAUAAAACUAAAGCACUAGGCAUCAGCUACCUGGCCUUUAAGGAAGGACUCCCACUGCUACCUGUACCAGUGAGGGCUGCCCGGCAACAGAGGCGUCCGGGAGUUCUGACACGACACCAGUGCUGCCCACAGAGAUACACGAUGAAACAACCAAGUAGGAGGGACCGGGACCGGUUUUCACUGGGCUCUCCAGCCAGCUCACCGGGUUGUCGAAACACAUCUCAAAUUCGACUAGAAUUCCACUCUGCAAAGCCAGUCACUUGAACCUACCACUUUAAAAGCUGAUGUGUGGUCAUCAAGAUGUCGGUACCAAGGUCAAAAUAUACGGUGGCACAAGGCAGUAACUCAGCUGGUUUGAAGUCUGCCUUGAUUAUAUGUAGUCAUCGUGCAAAAAAAGAAACGUUGUCAAUGCAACCAAAGGAAAUGCUUUGUGGUGAGAUAAAUGAGGGAAAUAAGAGAUGCAGAGAGAAAACAGGAACGUACUAGGGGACCGACUGAAAUUGAUGACUAUUUGUGGCCAGAAAAGAAAUACGAAUAACACCUUGCUGGCACAAAACAUUUCUUCAGUAACCAAGUGACUUCCCUUUUUUCAAAGCAAGAGCAGAAAGGUUUCCAAGCCACUGAAAGUGAGAUGUACUAGGGAAAGAGAGCCCCGUCCAGGUAUGAACAGGUAGCCCCCGGGGCCCUCAAGCCAGGGAUGGCACCAGCCCAGGGAACGUGGACAACAUGCGGGCAUCCUUGUCACACCCAUCUCAUCACUUCACUCCAGCUCAAGCUCCAACCUCAGGUUUCCCCGGACCUUGGCAGCUGACAAGGAGUAAGGGACGAGAGCAGGCCAGGCCCGCAGCUGCAGACAGCUGCUGAGAGCUGCAGGAGACUCAGUCACGGGGGCCCGGGGCUCAGCUGACAGGCUCCAGAAGGACGUGGCUGUCACCAGGUCUAAUCAGCACACCGCGUGAGAUGCAGGGAUCGGUGUGGGUGGCUACUUUGGUAAGUCAUUUAGAAGCUUUUCUUUCUUUCUUUUUUUUUGAGUGUGAUCUCCUGACUAAACAUCAGCUGCCAUUUUAAGAUUCCACCAAAAGAAAAUGUGGUACACGAAUGUCUUUACAAAUCCUGGGGCCCAGGUCCAAGCGCACUGUGAGAAAAAGACAAGGAAGUGGAUAGAGAGGGUGAGAACAGUGAAGGGGCCAGUUCUUUUCCAAGUGUUAUCUGCUGUCACACGACACCAGGGAAUGCACUGCCACCUAAAUUCUCCAGGGAGCCAAAGGCUCUGGAACUCUUUUACGCUGUUCACGCGAAUCUUGUAAAGAUGUACGUUUUAUAUUCUUGUCUCUUUAAACAGAAUCGACUGAUGACUACUUAAAAGUUUGGUUUUGUUUUUCAGGGGUUCAGACUUCAGGCUUAAUCCUCCCAUUCUUUUUUUUUUUUCUUUUUUCAAAUAUAUAGAAAAGUCGAAAGAAGCACAGAAAAGACCCAUAUAAACUACAUCUGUAAGCAAUAAACCUAAAAAUUUGCAGAUACUCUGCCAUUUAUCCCUUUAUACCUCUGCAUGCUUCUCCAUCAAAUAAAGACACUCUUCUACACAGCCAUGACUAGCACCAGAACAGGCCAAUCAGCAACGACUGAAUGACAUCAUCUAAUUAGCCACUGCACACCACAUUCUCCAACUGCCCCAAAAAUGUCUUUUAUAAGAUCUCCCCACCCCCCAGUCUAAGAUCCGCUGCAUUGGGUACUCAGGUCCCUUUAGCCUCCUGUAAACUAGAGCAGCCCACCCCAGUCAUUUCCCGUGACAUUUGACACUUUCAACAGUCCACCCAGCGACCUUGCAGAAUGCCCUGCAUUCUGGAUCUGUCCGGUCGUUUCCACACGGUGUCACCUUGCUUGUUCCUCCGUCCCUCCAAACUAGAAAGGACACCUAGAAGUUCGACUGGACUCAGGUAAACUGCUGUGGCAGCACAUGGCAGCCAGCGGCUCCCCCGCCGACACAGCUGAGUAGGAUGUGUCAUUUAAGUGGCGGCCCCCAGAACUGUCCAUCACGAAGGUGCGUGUCCGCCUGUGCUGUGUGUCAGUACCCUGUCGGGGUGGCACUCUCGCACUGUCUGAACACCCUCGCCCCCAAUGAACCCAAUGGUCUUGGUUUCCACCAAUGCCACUUGUCUGAAGCAUUCACAGGGAGGACUGCAAGAUGGUGAUCUGACGAAUUCUACCAUUCUCCCCAUAUUUAUUAACCGGCAUUCUCCUGCUCCCCAUGGCUCCCCUCUCUUUUCUUUUAAGGAUGAUGACUCACAGAUUUCUUUUCUAAAAACGUAGAGUGUUAAAAUCCAUCACAGUCAUUAUACCUUUGAUUUUCACUCACCCUGCCUUUCACCAGUGGGACACCCUGCCCUGGCUCUGGAAAGGUGGCCAUGCUCAUCUUGGGUUUCACAGGCCCCAGUCUGGAACUGGCCUCUUCUCCCCAGAGUCUUGGUUCCUUUCCUUGGGUGUGAUAUUUAGAAAUCCAGAACUUAACCGCUUUUAAGCAAGCCUUGAAUGCUGCUCCAGUGGCAUGGGGAAAACAUAUACAUGGCAGGGAACACAGAACCACAUUGACAAAUAUACGGCUCUGUUGGAAAGGUUUACGUGGCAAAAGUGGACGCGGUGCAGGCAACCGUAUUUGCUUUGAUGAACGUAUGCUUUCUCGUGAGUCUGGCGGCAAAGGUGGGGAUGCCCUUGGAUCCCACCCCCUAACACCGCUGGGAGAGAUCAGGGCACGUGGCCCAAGUCAGGCAGAGCUGCAGGGAUGCGAGGGGCCCAUCUCACAGACCCACCCUGGCUUCCUGAGGGUAAGCAGCAGCCAGGCGGCCCUCUGCUUCCCCGCAAGCACCCCUGCCCGUCUUUCUGCCUCAUGGUUCAGGCCUUCGGGACACACAGGCAUUACGGUCACUGCCAAUACUGGGUCCCUCAGGCUCCUGGCUUCUCACUGAAACAUCCCAUGCACUACCACGGGAGAAAAGAGCUGUCUUGACAUGACAAGACUUUACUAGAAGGAGGGCAAUGACCACAUGGAACAUCUACCCCAAAAGGCCGUGAGUUGGUGCAGGAUGUUCUUGGCAGAAACGGCUGAGGGAGUCCAAGUGACGCACGGGCAUGAUGUCUGGAUCAGAGGGCGUACGAGGGAUGGAGAACAAGUGAGGUGGCAGCAAGAGGAAACAAGCAGGCCAAUCCGGAAUACAGAACAUCCUCGGAGAGAACCAGCCUGCUCUCUUCCAAGAGACCCUCUCACAGCGAAAACACAGGCCGUGCAGCUAGAGGAUGGGGCAAGGUUUUCCAGCUCAAAACAGGCUAAAGGGACAUGCCUACCAUCUGGAACCCAGCGUGGAAAACACCAGAGUAAUAUCCACUAGGCAGAGAUCAUCCACACCUCCACAUUUCAACACAAUCAUUAAUAAGAAGUCAGUCUUUUUUUUUUUUUUAAAUAUUACUCUCUGCUUGAUAAAAACAAGCUCUUCUCUGCUUCAGAAAACGUGUUUACUGCUCAGCCAUCUGUUCUCCUGGUCUGGAAUAUCCACUGUCCUUCUAUCUGCCCUUGAGAGAAUAUCCUCCCAGUGAUUUCAGUUCAAAUGACUGCCCUGCCCCUUCUCAUGUCCUUGCCAUGUUGACCGCCAGCAGUUACUCAGAGAUUCACGCCUGUUCUGUGUCCCAACUGGACUCCAAGACCACUACAAAGAAGAGACUUGCUGUGAAUCCCCUGCAGCACCCGGCAUGGUAUAUUCCGAACAGAUAAGGAAUGAGUGAACUCACUCCUCUAGAGCUGCGUUGUCCAGCACGGUACCCACAAGUGGCUACUUCAAUUCAGUAAAACUAAAAAAUGAAGAGUUCAAUUCAUCAGCUACCCUGGCAGCAUUUCAUGUGCCUGGGUGCCCCCUGUGGCUCCCAUCCAGGGCAGCUCAGAUACAGAACAUUCCCUCCACGGCAGGCAGUUCUGCCGGGUGGACACGCUGGUCCAGAGAGCACAACGGUGCCCAGUUCUCGUCAAGGACACGAUGAUGGCAGAGGAGAGACGGAAGCCUGCUGCUUACUUUGGAAUGCGUCUCCAAGGCCCCAAAUAAGCUCAGGUGAGCAAACUCCGACCACCUGCUCUCAUUUCGCACAAAGACUGGACACUGGGCAGACUGGGAGUCGAGCAGGCUUUGGUUUGCCUCUGGAUCCGUUCCUGAUCUCCAGGCCUAGAGAGGCGAGUCAAGGGACAUCAACUGGCUAGCCCAGUGCCAGGAGCAAGGCCGAUGGAACUGCCCUCCAGGCAAGGGCGUGGAGCAGACCAUCCUCACCCCAGGUGUGUGCCCCUCUCUGCACAGACACUAAGCUACUGACCACAGGCAUGAGAGCAAAGGAUGUGUGGGAGCCGCACCUUGAAGGAAGGUGGGCAUGUACCUGCCAAACACUCAAAACGUACGUUGAGAGGUGUUAGGAUGGCAGUCCACUUGGGCAAAGCCAAAGGGGGAAGACAUUUCUUGAGCAGAAAUGCAUGUGUCUCACAAUUAUUAUGUUUUCAAUAAAAUUCUCCUUAGACACCCCAAAGGCAAUUUUAAACCACAGACCAACAUUGCCCCCCCAUUUUAACACAAUUAAAUGAAGCUUUUAAUAUAUGAAAUGCCGGAAUUACGAGUCACUGGUAUUCACAUAUACCUGACAGUGAGAGCUUUAUCUUCUAAUGUAAGCCAUUCUGCUAUAACACUACUGCACCUUCCAGCUACAGGCUAUGUAUCCAUCACUUUUCAAACAUCUCAAACAAAGCUGUGAAAAGUCACCUGGGCACCUGUGUAAUGAGUGCUUUUGGUGGACGUUCCUUGGGGGCAUCAUCUCCCUUGCUCUUUUACAUUGGAUUAAAUCUCUGUCUACCCCUGAAAAAUGACACAGUGUAACGGAUAAAUUAUAGUAGCUCAAAAAAGGAAAGAAAAAAUAAAGGAACAGAAUCAGAGAAAGCAGAGAGUAAUCAGAAAGACAAAAGUGACCAAAGAAUCCCUCCCACAGAGCUUUCAAAGGAGAAGAAAGGAAAAAUAGGUUCUAGAGAGAAAAAAAAAAAAGUUUGCACAGCUAAGAUUCUAAAUAAAAGCACACGAUGAGGAGGACGAGGAAGCUAGGAGGAAGCAAGGAACAGGCACUUUACACCUGCACUGACAGAAACCUGCUGAAUAGUUUAGUCGUGUUACCAGCUGGACCAAAUUCCCGUUGAUCUGCAGAAUUUUGCAAUUUUGACCUCACCUUCCUGUUAAUCUAGAAACGGGAGCAACUGUGGUGGAUAAGAACCACUAACCGCAGGAACACGGGAAAGGCUGACGCGGCUCAGGUCUAUUAGGAAGCUCGGCCAACGGGACCUGAGUUUACCCACCUCGGUCCCCCCUCGAGUGCUUUCUUAUUUCUGAUGAAUUUCCUGACAUUCAACAUAGUCCACGGGUACCUUCACCUGCCUCUACCAGCGUCUUACUCCAAACUGAGAAAGUACAAGUCAGGGCCCCCUUCUGUGUGGGCUCUGCUUGGCGGCAAGGCCUCAGACUGGCCUCCGAAUUUCCACCACCUCCUGUGCAAAUAUGCAGAAGGGACUUAAAUGUCGCCUGGUAAGGUGACAUCAAACGCGAGCGUGUGCUGUUUGUUCCGGGGGUUGGGGGCAGGGCAGAGGGAAGGGGAACGUGCAGUAGCACAGGUGCCCUGACAUCCGUGAUGAGACCCCAAGGCACACAACAGGCCAGGGACGGGGUGAGGGUGUCUCUGGGAGCCCCAAGGGCAGACAGUAACCUCACACCGGCCAUCGCGAAUGAGCAUUUAUUCUGCUCUGCCUUCCUGAGACUCUUUGGGAAUGUCUGGACUGAAUCACAUUACAGGAUAGGAACCAAUGGACGCCGAAAAGCUCAUCAUCUCCACCUUUAAACCUCGUACGAGUUACACAGGGUCAAAUACAAUGUACGACAGCUCUUCUGAAAAUUCAUGUAGGGCGUGUGCUACAGCUGUACAGGGAGAUCUUGUGCUUGUCAUCAGCUUUGUGGAGGUCCCAGGGUCUACAGAAACCAGCGCAGGUGAGGUGAGCCAGAGGACGACGGCUGACAGCAGAUUCCGAGCAGACUGGGCAGGCCUGCGAGCUGCUUCGGUCAACAAUGGAUCCCUGAGCCCCAGGAGCACCACAAAGGUCCCGCCUCCACCCAGAGUUCGCGCUGUACCCUGGGCCCCGGAUGGAGAAACAGACACUUCCACACGGUCUCAAGUGCUAUGAUGAAUGUCUGGCAAGCAGGAAGCUGUAGGAGUACAAACAGGUCCAGGCCAGGGGACCUAUUCCUCUACAUGAAGGUGAAGUAGAAGCCAGGUAUCACCCACUACAAUCCUGCUAUGUCUGUGUGUUUAUGGAGACGUGGUCAAUUAUAAUCGACACUGCAAAGAGUCGUAUUUCCCCUCACAGAUCUAUCGUAUUAUUUUUCUGCUUAUUUUUUAAACAUUUGAAAAUAAGCUUUUUAUUUUUCCUGGCUGAUUCUUUAAGGAUUUAAUUACUGUAACAGACUCCUAGAAAGCAUAUUUUAUGUAUACCACGUUUUACAUGUAUCAGUAUUCCUAAUUCUGAAUAUUCUUAACAUCCACCCUCCAUCUGGCCCCGUUAUCAACAGCAGACAUCAGUGAGUCGCUUCCUAAGGCUCCGUACCCGGGUUGUCCCAUACGGUAGGCAAUGGCCAAACGUGGCAAGUGAACCCACGAAACCUGGCUAGUUUGAGCUGAGAUGCCCUGUGAGUGUAAGAUACACACAAAUUUCAAAGACUAGGUAACAAAAAGGAACGUAAACUAUCUCAACUAUUUUUUUUUUAACUGAUCAUGUGUUGAGUAACAAUAUUUUGGAUGUGUCAGGAUAGGAAAGAAGUACCAUUCAAGUUCAUUUCCUCUGUGUCUCUUUACUUCUUUACUGUCGCUAUAACAAAACCUUACAUGGCGCUACCCCUAUCAGAUAGCAGGACUCUGGACCACCAACUUUCUUGUCUCUUAAAGAGAAUGGUCCUACCUCUUGUGCUUCUAACUUCAGCUAUCUAAUGAACUAAGCAAUCUUCCCUAUUCAGGAGCUGACACAGUAUUUCAAACUUGUAUCUUCUUCCUUCAAAAUCUUAUCCUUGUUCAUAAAUAACCUCAGUCCCCUUGGUCUCUGUCUCUAAAUGGCAUUUGAGGGCCAAAAUUACUACCUAGCUCACAGCUAACUGUUACCUCUGUCAACAAAAACAGAUUCCAAAGAUUGAAAGGAAAACAGCCUCAAACAUUUCAAAAGCACCAGAAAGUAACCCUGGGUUUCUGGUCAACAUUUCUGCAAAUAUCUCCACUGACUUCCUCAUUCUCCUCUGGUUAAACAAGCUUCCCCAUGCAACUCUUUCAGUUUCACUUCCCUGAGAAUACAGGAUUGGGGCUCCAUUAACAAACAACUUCCUGGGGAAAUGGAUUCACAAUCCUGAAAAGCAGGCCCACCGGAAAACACCUCAUAAUAAACUGAUGAUACAUUGUUAUGCAAAGAACAGACAACUGAAGUCAGGUGCUUAAGAUUAGAACAAGUAUAAUCAAGUAGAUUAAAUGAGGUAAAGUAGCACAUUCUGGAAAGUGGUGUUUUAUACCAGACAUUUUCUUUAAAAAAAAAAAAAAAAAAGAAUAAGCAAAGGUGCAUUUCUGAUAAAGUUCUGCAAGGCCUUACCAACUCAAAGAGUCAGGGCAGAAUGAGGUAAAGGGCAGAAAGCAAAGGGGGAACAAAGAGAUAGGUCUUAUCUUCCCAAAGGCCACUAAUUCUUGUUUCUCUGACAGUUCAGAGGAUUGGGUAAUAGUGCCAGACGAAUGCUUGAUAAACUUUAAACUUGCCUUAACUAGCAAAGAGGAGGCCCUGGUUGAUAACUACCCCUGCAGGCACCACCACAUAAGUUACAUUCAUGGCUGCGGGGAACAGGUAUAUGUGUAUCUUGAGUGGGGAUGAAGCAUCAAGCUCAUUUAGAAGUCUAGUAAGUUUAAUUUUAAUGGGACACCUCAGUUUGCAAAACAUGUUCUCUGGACUUUUCAUUAGAGGAUAAGGAAUUUGACAAUUUAACUUGACCACCUGAGCAGGAAAACUCACGUCUACAAACUCUACUUACGAAUCCCAAAAGCUUUCUGAAAUUGAGUCAUUUCAUAUUUAGCAGCUGCAUACACUGUUCUACCCAAUUAGUUAUCUCUAUGGGAAUUUAUUUUCCCCCUUAGGAAUGCAUUCGUUUGUAUCUCUGGAUCCAUAAAAAUAAGACUGUUUUUUGUGUAUCUUUAAAAAAAAAUCAGUGCCAUUACUACUGAACCAGUGAGCCAAAUGAUCAUGGGGGCAAGGUCACACUCCCCCUGUAAAAUGAGCACAACAUCACUUAUAAUUAGAAUCAGAUCGAUCUGGAAUCAUUUCUCAGCUCUGUUCCUUAUUAGCUGUGUGACCUUGGGCAAGUAACUUUACCUCUCUGAGCGGUGCCGAUUUUGUUUUUAAUUAGACAGUGCAAACAUCUCCUCCCACCUUGCAGGAUUUUAUGAGAGGCAGCACUGAUGUAUGCACACCUCCACCAGGUUAGUAGGCUACGUAAAGCAUGCAGACAUUUUUAAAGUCCUAUGAAGCCCUCCCGAGACAAUGCGGUCAGAACGCGUUUCCUAACCCUGUAACACCGCUUACUGUCUUGCAACAUACGCCCAAGCUGUAGGGUAGAGCUCAGAGCAGUUCUCUACUGAGUUAUAAAUGCAGCGUUUUCUACGAAUUCUACUGGAAUUCGCCUCAGUGGGUAAGUUUAUGCCUAGACUACGGGGCUGUUCGGCGCACACAGGAUUGCGAACCGCUCAAAGCCACAGCACGGGUGUGCACCUCAAACUCUCCGGCACCUGGGUGAAAAUGCAGAUUCUGAUUGGUCAGCUGUGGGGUGGGGACCCGGGCUCUGCACUGUAAAACUGCUGCUCCCCGGUGAUGUCCCUGCUGGGAGUCACUCGGACCAGCCAGACCGCUGAGCAGGGCUCCUCCGCCGCCUCCGCGCUACAGAUACUUGGGUCUGGAGCAGUCGCGGUGGCGUGGAGCGGCCCCGCGCACUGCGAGAGGUUCCGCCGUAUCCCGGCCGCUACCCUCUGGACGCCAGUAAACUCCCACCCUCCAGCUAGGCCGCUCCAAACGCCUCCAGACGUCGGCAGAGGCCCCCAAAUCGGCGGGUGGGGAACCCUGCCCUGUAAGAUGCUACGAGCAAGGUGCGUGCACCUCGGGGCAAGCCGGCGGGGAUCCUGGAGACCGGGGUGAAGACGGGGAAAUGGAGGCACGGCUGCGGACGCAGCGCCCACGGCCCCCGACGCCAACCUCCCGCCCGCGCGGUGGUCCCCGAGCACCGCGCCCUCACGCGCCGCCCCCCACGCACUCCGUCCCCACGCGCGGCGCGGCCGCCGGAAGUAAGGGCCCCGGGCGCCGUCGACGCCUCAGCCACGAGCGCGGCCGGCCUGACGUGGGCCCUGCACCCCCGCCGCCCGCCAGCCUGGGGGCCCUGCACACCGCCCCGCCGCGGCCGUCGCCCCUGAGAGGCUGUACCCCCCACCCGAGCCCUCCCCGCACAGCCCUCGCGGGAGGCGGCCGCAGGCUACCCACCCAGAAGGAGGCCGUCCAGAUCAAAAAGCAGGCUGAGCCUGGUGCACCCCGUUUCUGUCUGCUGAGAGGCACUCACCGUCCCCGUUCCUGCUCACGGUGGUCUUGGGAACAUAAGAUCUGGAGGACAGUCUCCCGAGACCGUCUGAAAUUUUUGUCGCUGAAGAUGGGGACCCUUUUGCUCUGGCUGCUCUUCAUCUGUGAGGCCCGGAGCCACGCGGUGCCAACGCCCAACUUCGUCCUGCUGAUGGCCGACGACCUUGGCAUUGGGGAUCCUGGCUGCUAUGGAAACAAGACCCUCAGGACUCCCAAUAUCGACCGCUUGGCCAGAGGGGGAGUGAAGCUCACGCAGCACCUGGCAGCAUCGCCCCUGUGCACACCCAGCAGGGCAGCCUUCAUGACGGGCCGGUAUCCCAUCCGCUCAGGAAUGGCGUCUCGGUCCCAGGUGGGAGUUUUCAUCUUCUCGGCCUCUUCCGGAGGGCUUCCCCACAGUGAGAUUACGUUCGCCAAGCUCCUGAAGAAUCAAGGCUAUUCCACAGCUCUGAUAGGGAAGUGGCACCUUGGCACCAGCUGUCGCAGCAGCACGGACCUCUGUCACCACCCCUUGAGCCACGGCUUCGACUAUUUCCACGGGCUGCCCAUGACCAACCUGCGGGACUGCAAACCGGGGGCAGGCAGCGUGUUCACCAGGGCCUUGAGGCUGCUGGUCUUCACCCCCCUGCAGGUUAUCGCCAUCACACUGCUGACCCUGGCCAUGCUCAGGUGCCUGGGGCUCGUCCAGGUGCCCCGCUGCGUCUUCUUCUGCCUCUCCUUCCUGGCCGCCCUGGUCCUUGGCACCCUGCUGUGCUUCCUGCAUUACUUCCGGCCCCUGAACUGCUUCCUCAUGAGGAACCGUGACAUCACCCAGCAGCCCAUGUCCUACGACAACCUCACGCAGAGGCUCACGGCGGACGCGGCCCAGUUCAUACAACGGAAUGCUAAGACCCCUUUCUUGCUUGUCCUGGCCUUCCUACACAUGCACACGGCUCUCUUCUCUUCGAAGGACUUUGCCGGCAAAAGUAAACACGGCGCUUACGGAGAUGCUGCUGAGGAAAUGGAUUGGAGUGUUGGGCAGAUCUUGGAUGUUCUAGAUGAGUUGAAACUGGCUAAUAACACCCUGGUCUACUUCUCCUCGGACCAAGGAGCACAUGUAGAGGAGGUGACUGUCAAAGGGGAAGGUCACGGAGGCAGUAACGGAAUCUAUAAAGGGGGAAAAGCCAACAACUGGGAAGGAGGCAUCCGGGUUCCAGGCAUCCUCCGAUGGCCGGGAGUGAUCCAGGCUGGGCUGGAGAUCGAUGAGCCAACAAGCAACAUGGACAUCUUCCCCACGGUGGCCAAACUUGCGGGGUCCCCUCUGCCGGAAGACAGGAUCAUCGAUGGACGUGACCUGAUGCCCCUGCUUCAAGGGAGAAGCCAUCGUUCGGAUCACGAGUUUCUCUUCCACUACUGCAACUUCUACCUGAACGCCGUGCGCUGGCACCCACAGAACAGCACGUCCAUCUGGAAAGCCUUUUUCUUCACACCCAAGUUCUUCCCUGAGGGCGCCAACGGAUGCUUUGCCACCCACGUGUGUUUCUGUCACGGGCAAUACGUCACCUACCACGACCCGCCUCUGCUCUUUGACAUCUCUCAAGACCCCAGGGAGAGAAACCCGUUAACUCCGACGUCACAGCCCCGGUUCCGGGAGAUCCUGGAGACCAUGCAGCAAGCGGCAGCCCGCCACGCUGAGACCCUGGGGGACGUCCCCAAUCAGCUGUCGCUGGGGAACCUUAUCUGGAAGCCGUGGCUUCAGAUGUGUUGCUCAUUGUCAGGCCUGUCUUGCCAGUGCGACUGGGAGAAGCAGAAUGGGAGAGGAAGCCGCUAGCCACGUGCGUCUGGGGGCGCCCGGGGCCACCCCAGCUGCCACAUCACAGACGGCCACGGGGAACGGCACCGGGAGACGCCACAGCCCUGGCGGCUUCCAGCCCGGGACUCAGAUCCCUUUUCUCUGUCUUCUCACCUGGAGGCUCCAUCACAGCCCCACAUUUACACCCUGGGGAGAAAAUCAGGGUUUGCGGUAAACAGAGGCACGGACAUUAGUCACGUCUUCCAAGGCCAACGUUAUAUGAAUGCGGUAGGCGGGUUUUCCAUGAGUCUGGCCAACACCAGUGCAUACGGAGAGCAGGAAGUUGCACAGGUAACCUGUUCAUCUCUCAGCCAAUGCGUGGGAUCCACGACAUAAGGCAUCACUUACUCCACAAGCUGAUGUGAUGCUGUGACCACUGUGAUUCCCCUUAUAGCGCAUCACGAAAAAGAGGAUAAAAUUUAAAGAGUGUUUACUAAAUCUAACACGUGCAACGUUAUAAUGAGUAAAAGACCAUCUUGACCCAUCGUGGAUGAUGGUAAGUUCCAGUUUGGUUAUUGGAAGGCAAUUACUGUCAGUAUUGUUUGCAAUAAUAUGAAAUACUAUUCAUGAUAUAUAUGUUUAUAUGCAUACGGUUUCUUCGAGAAGUUUACAGUAUUUAGAAGCUUAUCACUAUUUAAGUAAAAACAAUAGAGGCUCACGGCUCUGUUUGUGCUACAGCCUUUUGGUGAAAUCCCUCAGGAACAGUAAUGCCAAGACAAAUCUCUCCGCUACGGAUUUGCAUCCCAUAAUUUGCAGCAUUCUACUUGGGUUCUGCUGUUUCUUGGGUGAACGGAGGUUCUGAACUCAAAGGCCACUUCAGUGAUGCUGCAGUCCCUGGAAUCCCUUAGAACAGGAUUCAGAAUUUUUGGCGUGUAAAAUGUGCGAUAUUUCAUGGGGGGAGAAAGCCACAAGCAGUCCGUCCACAACCCAUACCCAUGACCGUGACAUCUGGAGUUCUUGCAGAAUUUAAUGAAGAGAGAAGGUGGUUCAUGUCCGUACUUGUGUUUUGUGUGGUCUGAUCCUGUGGCUAAGAAAUAUCUAUGCCUCCACCAUGAGAUGUACAAUUUUGUUUGAAUUCCAUUUCCUGCAACCUCAGUAACGCAGGACGAGGCGUAACCAGCUCACGUCGGAGACAGGGGGUUAGGGGCACAGCUGGAGAGAGUUCCAACGUCUGAGCCACCAGCCCCUCCUGAGGAAAGGAUUCAUCUGUGCAGAGAGCACUUAGGUCACCUUCAGGCACUGAACAUCCUCCAACAAUAUCACGCGGAUUCCUUUACUGAUCUGUCCUCAGGAGCUGUGGUCCAUCUGCCUCCCAUGCAUCUCUUUCGGGGACAUGUCUGAACAUCUGCUCUUGGCUCAGGGUUUUUCUCGAUCCCACAAGAGUGCAGGCCAAUGGAAUACCCCACCCCACCGGUACCCUGACCCCUCCGGGCACUUUGGAGAGAAUGUGUACAGUGUAGCUCAGGCUUUCUGACAGUGGAUUCUGAUUUCCUCUGUUUGUCUCCACUGAAGAAUUUCUAAGAUCCAGCAGCAUGUCCCCAGCUCCUCUUUAAGGUCUACUAUUUCAGAUUUUAAUCUUUCUUUUUCUUUCAAAAGAGAAAUGAUUCCCACCCCGUCCCUGCCCACUCCCUGGGAAUGGUUUAAAGUUGGAAAACAAACAGGAAUCUUUCUUUUAAUGUGGAUUUCUCAUUCCAGAAAUUGCCUGAAAUCUGUCACAUUGUUUUAGGAAAUAGUCUCAUGAAAGAAUGCACCAGCGUGUGACUAAUGUGUUAGGACUAUUGCUAUUAUCAUACAAAAACUAUAUAAAGCCACUGUUACGAACUUACGUUUGAAGAUGAACAUGUUUACUCAGAGUUGAACAUACUCAGUCCAGAUGGACUUUUACAAAACAUUUUUUGAUGUAAGAACAUGUGUUUGAGGGUGAAAUAACUUGAAGGAGUUUUAUAGAUGAUGUGAAUACAUAGCUUUGUGUAGAAUUAAUUGUUUAACCUGUACAAUAGUAACAGCCAAUGAAGAAUACAUAUACCUCUGGAGCUACAAUGAGCUUUAAACUAUUUGCCUCAGAAUAACUUGGAUCACCCUUAUGUUUCACGGUAUUUGAAAAUCAGGUUUAUUUGUCAUAAUCAUAAUUACCAUAGACUUCAGACCACUUACCAUCUGAAAGUUUUGCUUGGAAUGUACAGCAGGAAAUUGGAAUUCCCAUCGGUGUGACCUCUUGAGUUGUAUGUGCAAAGCUUAGUGGGUUUUGAGCUUUAAACAAAUUCUUUUUAAAAAAGUCUUUGUAUUUCUAGCAUUUCGUAGAUGUUAAAGGCUAAGCAAACACUAACCUAUAGACAGGGCAUUAUUUGCCGAUGUCAGUAUCACUGCAUGAAAAGCAAAAUCACAACCUACAUAUGGAGGUAAUUAAGGAUUAAAGAAAGGAAACAGAUUUCAGGUAGCCCUGAAGGACGUCCAGUGAAGGGUAAAGAAACAGGUAAAGUAUUUGGCAUCUGUCUGAACAAUGUGAUCUGUGAAGUGAUUUCCUCUGUGCAGUUUUCCCAGACCCUUGUCCUGAUGUUAAUGCAAAAUUAAAAUAAAAUUUUCCU